CAAAGCAGCUAGCCACUUCCUGUUAGACUCUUAGCCGAUUCACAUCCAAACGGCCGCAGCGACUGCGACUACUGUGUCAUCCAAGAUGCUGGCCCUCAUAAACAGGCUUUUGGACUGGUUCAGGUCCCUCUUUUGGAAAGAGGAGAUGGAGCUUACGUUAGUGGGACUUCAGUACUCCGGGAAAACCACAUUCGUCAAUGUGAUUGCAUCAGGCCAGUUCAGUGAAGACAUGAUUCCCACAGUCGGUUUCAACAUGCGAAAGGUCACUAAAGGCAAUGUGACAAUAAAGAUAUGGGACAUAGGUGGACAGCCCCGCUUCAGAAGCAUGUGGGAGCGCUACUGUAGAGGAGUCAAUGCUAUUGUUUACAUGGUGGAUGCUGCAGACAGAGAGAAGAUAGAAGCUUCCAGAAAUGAACUGCACAACCUUUUAGACAAGCCACAACUACAAGGAAUUCCCGUUCUAGUACUGGGCAACAAACGAGACCUACCCAACGCACUUGAUGAGAAGCAGCUCAUUGAAAAAAUGAAUCUAUCUGCCAUUCAGGACCGAGAGAUCUGCUGCUACUCUGUCUCCUGCAAAGAGAAAGACAAUAUAGAUAUCACACUUCAGUGGCUCAUCCAGCAUUCAAAGUCACGGAGAAGCUGAAAGUGAAGCCCCCCCCAGUCGCAGCUCUGGCCUCAGCCCCCUAAUGGUCAUGGGUCCCUGACAGCCAUCCCUUCCACUGCCUCUGUGAAGUAAUCCAGCUCUCUCUGCUCACUACCGGCACCACCUGCACCACCCACCCAGUACACUACCAUAGAUGUGUAGCCCCUGUACAGCACUACCAUCACCCCAACUAUCUGGAGUCUUGAAAAGUUGUUUCAGUACUGUGCUAGAAGGUGGAUUGUCCAUACCUGUCAUGCCUUAUCGCUUGCCAUUUGGGACAUGCUCUGUGUACGUCAUGGAGUUGUUUUUUUUGUUUGUUUUAAUAGCUUCUGUUCCCUUCAACACAAUAAUCUAAUGAAGUUGCAGUUUACUGUUCCCUGGUUAUACUAAGAUGGAGCUCCUGUAAUCCCACAUUCAGACAUCCGCUCUGUUGCCUGUCAACAUUUGGUGUUUACGUGACGAGGUCGUGAUUGUAGUUUUUAACAGUUAUUUGCCAAAUGGAUGAUGGUGGCUCGCGCUAAUGCCUUCAAUUCCUGAUAAACUGUUAGCAAUGUAGCCUGCAUUUUAUUUGCUGGCGUAUGGAUGUAUCUAUUUUAUUUAGCGACUUAGAUUCAAGUUUACACAUAACAUAAAGAUGAAUGGAAGGUAAGACUGUGAUUGGUUGUUGUGUCUGAGGCAAAAUCCUAAGAUGGGUCAGCCGAGUUUUAAGUGCCUUUGGCUAAGUGAGUGUUCCAAUCAGACAGUUGUUGCCCAAUGCAACUUAUAACCCACUAUUAUAAAUAAACACUGGUACAGACACAGCGUAAAUCCCUUGAUUACACUUAACGCUGGCCCUUGACAAUCUCAUUUUAUGUUUGUAAUCAUAUAAACACAUUACGAUGUCUGAGAAAAGACGAAAAAUGAGAAAUGAAGUAAUGGGUGAGAGGGAUGUGAAUGAGAAAAUGUUACAUUACGUUUGGUUGAUGGUUAAUUUGAAUGUUGUUUCACCUGUAGCCUAUGACUCUUAUGUAGCUUGACAUGUGGGUUAAGUUUGGCUUGCAGUUCUCAGGUUGUUACAGGACUUUAAAAAAAAUUGUCUGAACACAGAAUGGGUGUGACCAAGAAUCUGUCAAAAUCCAUUUUUGUUCUGGUUGGAUAACAGAAAGCCAGUGUUAGUCAUGAUGACUGAGUUUACAAAGAACAGAAGACAGUCCAUUGGUUCAAAGCGUUGGAUGCUCGAUCCAUGCCUUGCCACACCCCUCUCAAUCCUGAUGUCUUUCUGUAGAAGCCUUAGAAGUCCAAGGACAACACUGUCUCCUCUAAAAGUGAUAUAUUGAUUUACACGCAAUUUCCUUUCAGCGACAAGACAAUGAUUUCUUACAGUGUGUAUUAAUCUGCCCCCUUGCUUUGCCAGUGCAUCUUGAUCACUUUAAGUUAAUUAUUUUAUUCUGUGUGUGAGUGUUUCUGGAUCAGGUUGAGUUAUCCCUUCUGCUACAAAACUGGAUGUAGGCCUACACGGCUUCUACAUUUCACUGUAAUGUUGUCUACAAAUCCAUCACAUGCUCACACGUUGCUGUUGUUGUUGUUGUUGUUGUUGUUGUGAUCGUCGUAAUCCUAAAUGUCGAUUGUUGGGACCACAGCAGCAGUGAGGGGCUGUAAAAUUUGGGGGACUGUGUGGGUAAUUUGGGGAAAGCUUUGUUACCUGUGUAAUAAUAUAGCCUAUUUGCAAUUUGUAUGUGCAUGUGCUGAAUUUAUUCACAUUCAAUUGCAGACUUUGUAAAUAAGACGUUAGCAUUUUUAUUCCAACAAAUGCUCCUGUAGAUGUCAUGCGUUCUUUCCCUGUGAUUGCUAAUAAAUUUGUUUUUAUUUUUAAGGAAA